GACAGACGACGCACGAAGACGUACAAAAUGCAUACGUUGGUCUUGCAACCUGAAAAAAGCAGGACUCAAAGUACAGGACCACUGCCACCCCACGGAGUCAAUACCUCCCUCCUCACAGUUUGUCAUCAUGUCAGCACCAGUACUAAAUUAGAUACGUACUGGCGGACGUAGCGCGGAUCCAAAGAUGCGCACCAGGCGCUCACAGCCUGGGAGGAGCUUGAAAUAUUCCCCCCAUGUCCACGCCACUGUGGAGUGAAGUGUCGCUUUGGAGAGAAGAUAUAAGAGGAAAGACCUUGAUAGAAGCAGGGUGGGCCUAUCUCCGUCUCAGGUGUUUGCACAGCCUGGAGAAGAAAUGAGCCCCCCUGACACAUCCAACAGCACGGCAGAAUGGGAGCUUGAUGAAGCGGACAUGUGGACUGAAGUUAACGGAAGCGUGGAUUCAAACCUGCAAGGCUUCCACACAGAUAUCACCAAGCACCUUGGAGUGCAGAUCACCCUCAUUACAGCCUAUUCCUUCAUCAUCCUGCUGGGGCUCCUCGGGAACGCUCUUGUCAUCUACAUGAUCAUCCGCUACAAGAACAUGCGAACAGUCACCAACUUCUUCAUAGCCAACUUGGCGCUAGCAGACCUCCUGGUGGACACGCUGUGCCUGCCCUUCACGCUGGUGUACACCCUGCUAGACGAGUGGAAGUUUGGCGCCGUGCUGUGCCACAUGGUGCCCUUCGCCCAGGCCCUGAGCGUGCAUGUGUCCAUCCUGACAAUGACCGUCAUCGCUCUGGAGCGGUACCGGUGUAUCAUCUUCCAUCUGGGUCAGCGCCUCACUUGGCACUCCAGCUUUCUCAUCAUGGCGUUCACUUGGACUACCUCGGCCGUCCUGGCGGCACCCCUGGCCAUCUUCAGAGAGUACCGCCAGGAAGAGAUCCCCUCCAUUAAUCUGCACAUUGCCGUGUGCUCUGAGAAGUGGCCGCAUGGGACCGGCAGGGACGGCGUCAUCUACAGCCUCUCCAUGCUGCUUCUACAGUACAUUAUCCCUUUAGCUAUCAUCAGUUACGCUUACAUUUGCAUCUGGGUCAAGCUGAAGAACCACGUGAGCCCGUCGACUCGCAAUGAUAGCAUCGCACGGCGUAAAAAGACCACCAAGAUGUUGGCCCUGGUGGUGGUGGUGUUUGCUAUCUGCUGGCUGCCCUUCCAUGUGUUCCAGCUGGCCAGCGAUCUGGACCUGGUGCUCAGGUUCAAGGAGUAUAAACUGAUAUACACCGUGUUCCAUAUUGUGGCCAUGUGUUCCACUUUUACCAACCCGCUCCUGUACGGAUGGAUGAAUAAAAACUACAGAAAUGGCUUCCUAAUGGUCUUCCGCUGUGAGGAUAAGCCGGAAUCUUUCCACCCUGAGGGCUCCUUCCGGACUCGCUCCACACGACGGCUCAAUGGUCGUAAUGGCGGACACCCACCGACUGCAGUGUGAGACGCCUGAAGACAUUCAAAUAUCUUGCUAUUUUCUGGCAUUUACAUUUCCUAUAUCGACCAAGGGGGGAAAUGACUGAUCAAUUAAUCGAUUCUUCGUUGCCUGUUAAAUGUUUUUAAUGCGAUAGGAGACUGUCUGAAUGUUCUGAACUCCCGCUUCCAUAUUGUGUCGUACUGAGCAGAAUAAUGUGAAGUUGCCGUAGCGUGGAUGGAGCUCAACUAUAUUGUUCUUCUUUAGACUGCAAAGUAGUGCACUCCAUUUUGCCGCCGUUGCUUCAUGACCAAAUUCAUAACAGUCGAUUAUUAUGCUCAUCCCUCGUACAAAUGUAGCCUUUUGACCUCAGUGACUUGGCCUUGAGUUUAUGUGAAGCAGUUUUUUUUUUUUUAUUUGUGAAUGUUAAUCGUGAAUCUAAUGUAUUCUGCUCUUACCUGUAAAAUGUGGUUCUUGUUAAUGCAAAUCACUUGUUGGUAAUUCAUGUCCAAUCUAAUGUGUUUACUCUUCCUGUAGGAAGAAGGCGAUUCUUGUGGACAAGUUUCAUUUUUAACACUUUUUUUUUAAACACUUUUCACACUUUCUUUAUUUGCUGACAUGUUUUUGUAGGACUGCCACUUUGAAUUUACAUGCCAACUACAGUAGAGUGACAUUUUAAUCUGCUUCCAAGGUCCCCAAUGAAGGUUGCGGCUGCUUUUCUGUCCAAACAGGACGUUAAUUAUGUUGAUCUGAAAACGCGCAACAUGCCGGAUUCAAUGGAAAGGAAGAGAAAUGGGACUGUGAAAGAACCUUGUGAAUGACGAGCAGCAAGGUGCCUUGGAGAAUGUGUGAGAAGGCUAUCUCUGACGGAAAUUCAAGUGUAUUUUCAGCUGCUGAACUGACGUAUGACUGUGAAUAUUUUCAUUCAUCCAGGUCGUUGUAUUCUCAGGGCAUUGAAUUGAGCAGGCUUCAUCAGGUCAUGCUCAAUGACUUGGUGGGACAAUAGUCUGAUGACUCGAUAUGAUAGAUAUAUUGUCUAGUCAGACUAGUGCUUGUCCCAACUAGUCACUGAGCGUGAACUGAUGACGCCUGCUCGAACGAGAGGCGAAACGUCUUCUAAGACGACCUGAACAGCCCACCUGCGAUCGAUUCAAUGCCCCGGGAACCGCUUAACUGACCUUUGCUGUUUAUGUUUUAUGUACAACACGUAAAGAGCUACUUUGCAAGCACCAACCCAAGAAAUGUCAAAUAGAAACCCAGAACCGUAGCGAGAUUCAAAAAGUACUCAAGUGCGUGGGUAAAUACAGCAACCACAAUACAUUGUCAAGUUGUGCCUAAGCCCGCGCACAAACACACAAAACCAGCCGUCAAUGAGAGGUCAGUUUAUUCACAUAAAUAAUUCCACACAUAAACAUUUGGACUGCUUCCUGAACAAAGCAGCAGAGGACUUUUCAGCAAAUAAAACACAUAACAAAGCAAACAGUCCAAUGCGACCUACUCUGUUCCUUCGAUUUGCCUGCAGUGAAAGUGCUUCUAGCGAGAGUUGGUGUAUCUUAACACCCACAUGGCGGAUUUCAUGGCUUAGCCUACAUUUUCCUUUAUGUUCUGGAGAGUCACAUAUAGAAUCUUCCGGCUUAGACCUAUAUCAACAGAAGGGGAAAAAAAGCACUGGGCAUGCGAUGCACCAGGAGAUGUUUCUGCAGAUUGGGUAUGCAUCCACAAACACUUACUGUAGUGUGCAGAAUUGAUUUGCUGUCCGUUUCUCAGUGGGGAUUGCUUUAUAGUGAUCGUGAUAAAAGCAAACAAGGUAGCUACUCAAGUAUGAUUUUCAUUCAGGUUAUUAAAUUAUCCAGCCAUUUUAAUGGUUUUGUUUAAUUUCAUGAAAAACAAAUGUCUGAAAAGGAGUUGUAAAAAUCCUACCCGUUCUCCGAGUCUCACCAAUUACUUUGAGUCUGUUCACUUCCUGUGUUUAAUUUGCUCACAUAUGACCAUUUUAGAACAGGAAAAAAUAAUAAUAUAUAUAUAUAUUUUUUUAUUAUUUUUUCUUUUCUUUUCUUUUCUUUUCUUUCGCCUCUCGCCCAAAG